AUGUCAAGCCAACCUCUCCUCCAGACCGCGCCAGGGAAGCGCAUCGCCCUCCCCACACGCGUCGAACCCAAAGUCUUCUUCGCCAACGAACGUACCUUCCUCUCCUGGCUCAACUUCAGCGUCAUCCUCGGCGGCUUGGCCAUCGGCCUCCUCAACUUUGGCGACCGCAUCGGCCGCAUUUCCGCCGGGCUUUUCACACUGGUUGCGGUCGCGGCCAUGGCAUAUGCGCUGUUCACGUUCCAUUGGAGGGCGAGAAGUAUCCGGAUUCGGGGGCAGGGAGGGUUUGAUGAUCGGUUGGGGCCGACGGUGUUGACACUGGCGUUGUUUGCGGCUGUGGUGGUGAAUUUUGUCUUGAGGCUGUCGGGGGCGGGGAACUAG